AUCACCGCCCUCCUGAUCCUCAGUUGACCAGCGUCGCAACUGAGCGUCGCUCGCUCCUGCGCCGGGCUAGAUUUUCGUUUUACUUCCUCUCCCUCAUCGCAGACAUCUUUAUCCACUUUAGUCGCAACGACAAGGUUUUCUCGAGUGAAAACUACUUGCACACCUCUAAUCAAGACUGCACGGCGAAAGGAUCUUUUUUUUUUUUUUUUGUACAGUAAAAAAAGAAAUGUAGUAACAGCACGUUUGAUUUUGUUUUCAUUUUUUUUUCAUCUUCACUCUGUUUUGUUUGUUUGUUUGUUUUUGUUUUGGGGAAAAGCUGGGAAUCAUCCGAGAGGAGGUUGUCUGUUUGAAGACGUUUUGGGAGAUUACACAGAUAACUUUGAAGCGCCACAAGCUGGUGUUUUUUAGGCUGGCGCAAGACACAACGCAUUUGCAACAUAAAGAAAUUCUCUUAAAAAAGGCCAUGGAUGGGGAAUAUCUUGUUUCUCCGAAUCUGUUGCUGUCAUAGUUAAUGCUGGGCUGCAGACACUAAACACCAUGUUGUCCUCGGACGAGCCGCUGGACCUGAAGCUUCCCUCGGGACGGACGUGCUGUCCCGUCCGACUGGGCAAGAGGAGCUCGUCCUCCAUCUGCGCACCGCUCGGCGUCCACCCGCGACCGCGGCUGAUUUACACGACCUUCCCGUCGCCGCCUUCCUCCCCAGACUCGCAGUCCCCAUGUCACGAGCGACCCGGAUCCUGCUUCACCCCCCCAGCCAUGGACCUCAGCCUGUCGCCAUCCUCCCGACACGCCUCCUCCCUAUCCCCUUCUCCGUCAUCCCCCUCCCCUUCAUCCCCUCCCUCGCCUCUGGAGUCCCCCCACAGCAGCAGGAGCAGUGGAAGCCCUCGGCCACACCCCUUCUUACGGGUGAGUGAGGAAGCGACGCUCCAUCGAAGAGUGGAGGGCGACGCGUCACCUCAGCGCUAUCCUUUCUAUCUGCCCAUCGCGAGCACACCGGUCGGGUACGGCUUUCCGUCUUCCGUUUUCAAUGGUCAGAAGAGUGACAUGCAAGUCUCACCCGAGCCCUCAUUGGACGCUCAACUCGCAUGCCGCUGGAUUAAGUGCCACCUGCUGUUUGAGUCGCUGCAGGACUUGGUGGACCACAUCAACGACGCCCACGUCAAACCGGAAAAGGACUCUGGCUACUGCUGCAAGUGGCAAGGCUGCGCUCGCAACGGACGGGGCUUUAACGCCAGGUAUAAAAUGCUGAUCCACAUCCGCACACACACCAACGAGAAGCCGCAUCAUUGCCCCACCUGCAGCAAGAGUUUCUCCCGUCUGGAGAACCUGAAAAUCCACACCCGCUCACACACAGGAGAGAAACCGUACAUCUGCCCGUACGAGGGCUGCAGCAAGCGUUACUCCAACUCCAGCGACCGCUUCAAGCACACCCGGACGCACUACGUGGACAAGCCCUACUGCUGCAAGAUGGCCGGCUGCCUGAAGCGCUACACCGACCCCAGCUCGUUGCGCAAGCACAUCAAAGCCCACGGGCACUUCGUGAGCCAGGAGCAGGGCGCCGCCCCAAAGCCGGGUCCUCUCGGCGACCGGAGUACGGCCGAUCUGUCCUCCGGGGGCGGGGCCGCAAUCAUCCACCCGGGGGCGGCCGCUGCCCUCCUGGGGGGCUUGGGGACGACGCUGCCCCUGUCGGCGCUGUGCCGGCCCCGCGCGCCGCUCUUCUCCAUGGUAGGAAGAGGAGCCCUGGCACCGCUCGGCCUUGCGGACUCGCCGCUUUUUCACUUUGGACUUUCGGCGGCGUCCAUGUUGGGCCUGAGCGCUCUGGGAAGGCUGAGCUGUGCCGAGGUCGACGACGGAGCUGCGGAGCCCGAGGGGGAUGUUUUAAACCUGUCUUCGCGGGUGGCGCCCAGAAGGAGGGAUCCCCUGUCCUGGGUGGUUGUCCCUCCGAGGGCACUCCUGCUCAAACCAGCUGUUGUCAGCUAAGACGGGCCCUAAGUUUCUGUUUGUGAGGGGAUAACGGUGGGGUGCUGGUCUCAUCUGGUAUUAUUACAUCACUGCCUUUUAGUUGUUAACUCUGUGGGGCAGGGAUGAUACUUCCAAGAAGUUUAAUAUUUACCCAAUCAAAUUACCUAAAAUGUUUCACUUGUGUGUAAUAAGCGAGUUCUAAUGCAGAUUUGAAUGUAAUUGUAAAAACUGGCGACACAAGUGUCGGGCCCAAUGAAAACAAAUGCUUCCAUGUAAUGGACAGUGAUCCCUCGCUAGAUGUGGAUGAUAUAUGUGGAGGACCGAGCUGGGAACUGAAGAGGGAAAAUCUUUGGUAAUUGCCAAUAGAUGCCACAAGAUGGUGGCAAAGCACUUUUUUUUGUUUUCGAUUCGACAAUGCUACGGCGUAACUAAAGCUCCUCCACUCAGUUCAACAUAGUUGCUUGGCACCAAGAUGCCACCAGAGCACCCGAGCACCAAACCAGGCAAUAGGUGCGUUUUUCACUAAAUAACGAAGGGUACUGUAGAUCCACAAAUUGGUGAAUUUACAAAUGCCAAACCGCGAAUAAGCAGCACAUAAAACAAGCUCCGUAAAAAAUGUCAGGCCAAAUGUGCUACAGAUGCAUUCAUAAGUAGAUAGUAAGUGUAGUACUGCCCACUUUCCAUUGGUGAACAUACAUAAUGGUUGACAAAUAUAUGAGAUCCCCUAAAAAAAAACCAGGAGGGAGCAUCAUGAAGUGCUUUACUGUGGACUCUUUCGAUUUCAAUGAGAUCUAAAACACAUUUCACCCCCCCUGACAUUUGAAUCAAGAACUAAUAACUUUUUUCCAAUUUUACUUUUUAAUAUAUUUUUGGGGGGGGAGGGGGGGCAAAACAGUACAUUUAAAAAUAUAUGGCUAAUAAUAAUCAUGAUUAUUAAAGCUGCAAGCAGCUCACAGCACCAUAUUCGUGCCAAAUCCUCCAAAUGACAAUUAAACUUUGACCCCGUAGAUAAAAAUAAAAAUAAAAAGCUUGGCAAUCUAGCAUCGGCCAUCUGUCGAGUCUACCUGCUUCUGAUUGGGGCUCAUUUUGAUGAAUUCCCUCGUAGGAGUUCGUCAAUCUACGGACGCUGGAAUUUGCGCAAAUGGCUGCUGCCAACCAAAAAUGUCCCCCGUUCCUGCUCAAUUUGGGACCUGGGUCUUUGAGAAUUGUUUUGGUGCAUCUAAGUUCUGAUCAACGUGUCGACCCGAUGUGGUUUUGAUCAAUGAUACAGGUUUGGAGGGCUCAUUUUGGGGACCCCUACAAUACAUAUAUUUUCACCUGGAUACACACAUUUGGAAAAAAAUUGGUGAGUUUUCCUGCAUGUUGGGGAAUAAAUUCGUCGGAAACAUAAUCAAGUCAUGAUAUAUGACUUGAUUAUGUCAACAAUAUUAUUUGUGUUAAAGAAUUUCUACAUAGUGGUGUAAUAACCUUACAGAAGCAUAGAAAAUGAUUAAACAUUGGGUGCUUGUACAGUACAUCUAUAGAAAUCAGCCAGUGUUCAAAGUCUUAUGACAAUUAUCUUGCACUUUUAUUGUAAUUAACCCUCCGCAAAACAGAAAUAUAAACGGAGGAUGAGAGCUUUUGAAGACUUCAUCCUGACGUCUUGUAGUGGACAAUCAACGGCCUUUUCGCAUUCGACAAACCUCGCAGACGCUUCUGCUCGCCCGUAUUUACAGCUUGAAACGAAAAUGGGAGAAUAGAGCGGAAUCGCAGCACGGGGUGCAACGAGGAAACAGACGUGCAGUGUAAUUUAACGUAUGACUAACAACUAACCCGUUGUAGACUGUUCGGCUCUACUAUGGGUGCAUUGUUCUUCAGGGAAAACAAAAGCAAGCAUAAAAUGCUUUUAAAUAAAAAAGGUUUCAAUACAGCGGCCGACUGGUUAGAGCGUCAGCCUCACAGUUCUGAGGACCUGGGUUCAAUCCCCGGCCCCACCUGUGUGGAGUUUGCAUGUUCUCCCCGUGCCUGCGUGGGUUUUCUCCGGGCACUCCGGUUUCCUCCCACAUCCCAAAAACAUGCAUUAAUUGGAGACUCUAAAUUUCCCGUAGGCAUGACUGUGAGUGCGAAUGGUUGUUUGUUUCUAUGUGUCCUGCGAUUGGCUGGCAACCAGUUCAGGGUGUACCCCGCCUCCUGCCCGAUGACAGCUGGGAUUGGCUCCAGCACGCCCGCGACCCUAGUGAGGAGAAGCGGCUCAGAAAAUGGAUGGUUUCAAUACAGCUACAUCUGCAUGUGUGGACAAAAGAAAUGGUACAAAAAAAAAUCACUAAUACACCCUUCACUAUAGGAUCAUCGCUCAAAAUCAUUUUAGAGACAUUGGGCCUUUGCUGACUUUGAUCGGAAGAGAGAAAAAAAAUGCUCAAAUUAGGCUCGAUUAUUGUUAGGAGGUAGUUUAAAGUAGAGUCUCUGGAAAUGGGCAGAAUAGCCGCAAUAACGCAUGUGUACAGUAAAGCAGUACGCUUGCCAUCUUGAGUUCUCCAGACUUUUUUUUUUCGCCAGCUCGAGCGUCAGGGAGUUUCCGAAUUCCUACACGGCAAUUAUUCAGUUUCACGUCGCAAUAACAAAGUCCGCGAGUCGUCCGACUCUUACGAUUGUUGGCCCAGAUUGUAUUCCGAGCAGAUCGAGGAGAGAAAAUCACUGUUAACACACCCCACACCACGGGAUAAUCACUCAGGAUAAUCUUUCAGAAACAUCCAACAAUCAAGACUUUAGCCGAAUUUGAUCAGAUGACAGGAAAAAUCAUCAAGUUAGGCCCGAUAAUUGGUAUCGGUGCACCAAACAUUGGUGAUCUUAUAUAUGCUUUGACAAAUCCUUCAAAACACCUCAUUUUCAUCCAUUUUCACUGUCCCAAUGCUUUUGUCCAGAUAAUAUGUGUGUUUAAAAAUAUAAACUACGAGGUUCGCGUACCAUCGUACGUUAGGAACCGAUACUUUUUGUGUGAGUCUCCUGCAUUCCAGUCACAGUGACAGUGUGACGUUUAAAGACUCGUUGGUUUUUUUUCCCCCUGCCUCCCCGGCAGGUUAAUCAUCCACAGACAAAGAUCUCCACGGGAUCUGCCAAGGUCUCCUCCGCCGAACGAGCGAGGAGCAAGUUCCGACAGAUCGACAAACAGGUCGCGCCCGUGCGACUGCCACAUAUCGCCUUGUUUCUAUUAUUUUACAUAAAAGUUACACAAGAGGAAAGUUACACAUUUACUGAAAAAUGAAUCUUGGCUAUUCCCCCCCCCAAGUCUGACAAUGGCUACAUUGUGGCCUGUUUGUGCUGUGUUAUGUUGUAUCUUUGCCAAUAUCUCCGAUGUGUCCCGAACGUGCCUUGUGUUUCUGACCAAAAUGUAUCGCACCGUAUUUGAAAACAUUUACGCGAAAAAAAAAAAGAAAAGUGUAUACGUGUACUUUUUUAUUCCUUCUAUUGCGGGAUCUUAACUGUAAAAAACUGACAACAGAUGUGACUUGUCCAUCAGGGCCACUGUGACAAUUUCCAAAUGACGAUGACGUAAUGUCAAUAAAGACGUAUAUGAACGGU